CCGUCACUAGUUAAAAAAAAUAUAUAUCGAAUGUUUUAUUUGCUCGACUUGUCGCGGUAAAUUUUUAUUGUUUGUUUUCGAGGAUAAUCUCGGUAUAAAUAAGUUGUACCUACGAUUUGGAUUUUUAUAACGUUUAUCAUAAACAUAUCCAGUAAAGACCACCAAAACAUAUUCACAAUGUCUGAUGAAGAGCCUCAAAACAAUGGAGCGCAAGAAGAACAAAGACCAAACGGCGGUGGUGAUGAAGGCGACGCAUGGGGGAGUCAUGAAUCUUCGCGUGUACGGCGCUACGCCAAGAUGCCUGUCGACAGAAAUGCGCCCUACUACAACAUGGGCCACAAACAUCGUGGUAUGGCCAUUAUUUUCAAUCAUGAACAUUUUGAUAUUCAUAGUCUGAAGUCUCGCACUGGCACGAACGUGGACGGUGACAACUUGGCAAAAGUUCUCAAAGGUUUGGGAUUUCGCGUUACCAUGCUUCAUAAUUCGAAAGCCGAAGAGAUAAAUAAGUACAUUCAGGAAAUAGCUGACAUGGACCAUUCAGAAAAUGAUUGCUUGCUCGUCGCUGUGCUGACUCACGGAGAGCUGGGCAUGUUGUACGCAAAAGAUACUCAUUACAAACCUGAUAACUUGUGGUACUAUUUUACUGCUGAUAAGUGUCCCACACUUGCUGGUAAACCAAAACUAUUUUUUAUACAAGCUUGUCAAGGCGAUAAACUUGAUGGAGGUAUUACACUCACAAAUCGCACGGAAACUGAUGGCUUGUCUUCAGCAUCUUACAGAAUUCCAAUUCAUGCUGAUUUCCUCAUUGUAUUCUCUACUGUGCCAGGAUACUAUUCCUGGAGGAACACCACUCGAGGUUCUUGGUUCAUGCAGGCUCUUUGUGAAGAGUUGCGCUACACAGGCACUGAGAGAGACAUUCUUACUCUGUUAACCUUUGUUUGUCAGAAAGUGGCACUUGACUUUGAGUCUAACACCCCAGAUUUACUGCCAAUGCACCAACAGAAACAAGUGCCAUGCAUCACAAGCAUGCUUACCCGUCUCCUUGUGUUCGGUAAAAAAUAAUGCCAUUAUGAUAAAUUUUAUAGUUUUUACCUAGUGUUUAGGUACUUUAAAAACAUUUUAAAGCAAUAUUAACAAACCAGUGAAAAAUAUUAUGCAAGUAAUAUUACCCAAAAUUAUUAUGUUGAAUUUAAAAACUAGUUGCAGUGAUAACUAUUGAGAUUUUAAUGUAGAUGAAUUAUGCAAGAGUAUUUUUUGUGAGUGAAAAAUGAACUCUGCCACAAAUAUUAGUUAAUACUGUUCAUAAAAUUUUAAUUAAUAUAUUAGUAGUGAGGAAUUGCAAGUAUUACAAUUUUAAAGCUUCAAUUAGUAAAUAUGAACAAAAUGUUGCAUUUCCUUUGUUGUAACAAUAGAUUAUCUAGUUACAUUGGAGUUUUUUCAUUACACAACGCACAAAUUAAUUAUUAGGUGUAUUUGUCCUGCCUGGGUAUUGUAAUCAUUGUGUAUGUAUUUAAGGAAAUUUAUGCUCAAAGUUAAUAAAAACUUGUGAUCUAAAUAUGGUGUGUUCCAUAUAAAAGACAUGAUUUGGUUAAAAUAAAAUUCUGUAGUAUUGAUGUUGUGUACUUAAAAUAAUUCUAUGUCAAGGUGUGGAUAGGAAAAUGGUAAAAUUAAAGCUUCAUCACUGUCAUAAAAUUACAUAUCAUGUAAUAUCUUUAAUGUGCUUUACUUGUCCUGCAUUUAUAAGAUUUAAAGACAUGAAUUACCUCAGAUUUCUUACACUGCAAUAACUCUUAACUAGUUAAGAAUUACUGAGUUUGUUACCUAAUCCACCAUAUUUUGUUAAGUUUUCUAUUUAGUUUAAUUUAGUACAAUUAUUUUUUCCAUCUCAAUUACUUUCCUUAGAGUUCUCUUUGUUUUUAAAGUGAGAAGAAUUUAUAUUUGUUUUAGUGAUGUAUUACCAUGUGUAUUUGCCAUUAUUGAACAAAUUGCCAUUUUUUUGUAUGCAUUGUUAGUGCUUGGUGCAUGUAUUUGGAGUUAUAAUGCAUGCCUACUUUAUCCUUUCUGAUUUUUGCAUAACAUUUUACAUUAUAAAAGUAUGUAUUUAAGAAUUUAGUCCAUUAAAAGAAUCUUAAAAUUGAUUCUCAUUGGUGUGUAUGUGAUAAUGGUAAUGACUGAUUUUGAAAAUUAAUGUAAGGUUUCAAAAUAUCUGUGAGGAGUUAUAUAAUAACAGUUAAUAUUGUUACCUGUAUCUGUUUAUUAUAAAUGGUGCCUUGUGUAAAAAUAUUGAAGUUUCUAUGAAAUAUUAAGUAUGUAUUGGUACAGAGAACAAUACCUCCUCAUGGGUUUUUGAUACAUCUAAAUGACGUAUUUUUUUGAAGUCCGUUUAUAUUUUAUGUACCUAAGCAAUAAAUUGUCUCUUCCAAUACG